AUGGCGAUGAACAAGAUCCGCGGCGCCUUCGCGGUGCCCCGGAAAGGAGAGACGUUUGAAUUGCGAGCUGGCCUGGUGUCCCAGUAUGCCUACGAACGGAAAGAGUCUAUCCAGAAGACAAUCAUGGCCAUGACUCUUGGCAAGGAUGUAUCAGCGCUCUUCCCCGACGUGCUGAAGAACAUUGCUACUGCGGACCUGGAGCAGAAGAAACUGGUCUACUUGUACCUCAUGAACUACGCCAAAUCACACCCCGAUCUUUGUAUUCUCGCGGUCAAUACCUUCGUUCAAGACUCGGAAGACCCGAACCCGCUGAUUCGAGCCCUGGCCAUUCGCACCAUGGGCUGUAUUCGGGUGGACAAGAUGGUGGACUACAUGGAGGAACCGCUGCGCAAGACCCUUCGCGACGAGUCGCCUUACGUCCGGAAGACCGCUGCCAUCUGCGUGGCCAAGUUGUUUGACCUGAACCCGGCUAUGUGUCUCGAGAACGGUUUCUUAGAGAUGCUGCAGGAGAUGAUCGGCGACCCCAACCCGAUGGUGGUGGCCAAUUCGGUGACUGCGCUAUCGGAAAUUCACCACUCCGCCCCCGAAACACGGGCUUUGCAGGUGAACGCCAACACACUACGAAAGAUGCUCAUGGCAUUGAACGAGUGCACGGAGUGGGGUCGGGUAACCAUCCUCUCGACCCUGGCAGAGUACCGCGCGAUUGAUCUGAAGGAGUCGGAACACAUUUGCGAGCGAGUCGCGCCUCAGUUCCAGCAUGUCAAUGCCAGCGUGGUUCUUGCAGCUGUCAAGGUUGUCUUCUUGCACAUGAGGUAUGUCGGACCAGAGCUGGCCCAGACCUAUCUCAAGAAGAUGGCCCCGCCUCUAGUCACUUUGGUAUCCUCGGCACCCGAGGUGCAAUAUGUGGCUUUGCGGAAUAUCGACCUUCUCCUGCAGAAACAACCUGAUAUUCUUAACAAGGAACUUCGUGUAUUCUUCUGCAAGUAUAACGAUCCGCCAUAUGUCAAGUUCCAGAAACUGGAAAUCAUGGUCCGAAUAGCAAACGAUCGCAACGUGGAUCAGCUCCUGGCCGAGCUGAAGGAAUAUGCUCUUGAGGUCGACAUGGACUUUGUCCGACGCGCUGUCAAAGCGAUUGGCCAGGUUGCCAUCAAGAUAGAGAGCGCCAGCGAGAAAUGCGUCAACACUCUGUUGGAUCUGAUUAACACCAAGGUCAACUAUGUCGUCCAAGAGGCCAUUGUCGUUAUCAAGGAUAUCUUCCGGAAAUACCCUGGUUAUGAGGGCAUCAUUCCUACUCUCUGCAAGUGCAUCGACGAGUUGGAUGAGCCCAAUGCUCGAGCUGCUUUGAUUUGGAUUGUGGGUGAAUAUGCCGAGAAGAUCAGCAAUGCUGGGGACAUCCUCGGCGGCUUUGUUGAUGGCUUCAACGAGGAGUUUUCACAGACCCAAUUGCAGAUCCUCACCGCGGUGGUUAAGCUCUUCCUCAAGCGACCUGAAAAGGCUCAGGGCCUCGUCCAGCGGGUCCUCCAGGCUGCUACCGCCGAGAAUGACAACCCCGACGUCCGUGACCGAGCUUAUAUCUACUGGCGUCUGCUCUCCAACACGAGCGACCAGAACGCUACCAAGAAUAUCGUCCUCUCGGAGAAGCCUCCUAUUGUCGCUACGAUCAGUUCAUUACCACCCGCCCUUUUGGACCAGCUCAUACAGGAGCUUUCUACGCUCUCCUCCGUAUACCAUAAGCCUCCAGAGCAGUUUGUUGGGCAAGGCCGUUUCGGUGCUGAUGCUGUCCAGCGGGCCGCUAUUGAGGAACAACUCCAGAACGCGCGCGAGAACCCAUUGGCCGCCGCAGCCGCCGCCGCCGUCAGCGGCACCGCACCCAAUGCGCAGGCGCAAAACAACGUCGAGAACCUGCUGGACAUCGAUUUCGACGGAGGUGCCCCGGCCUCGGCACACACAGAGCCAUCCGGCGAGAUGUCUGGACUGGAAGGUCUGGCUGGCACUCCCGUCCGCGUGCAGUCUCCUGCGGUGGGUGCUCCCGCACCAUCCGGCAACCACCUGGACGACUUGCUGGGUGUCUUUGGCGACUCUGGUCCUUCGCAGCCCUCAUCCAUCGGUGCGAAUGGUGGGGGCGCUGCAGGCGAUCUGAUGAACGGAUUCUCCGGUCUCGACCUGUCUGGCAACGCAGCACACCCCCUGCGAACAACCAGCAGAAGAAAUCCACCCAGGACAUCAUGGAUCUCUUCUAAAGCUGUUUUGUCCGAGUAUAGCGUUUCCGACCGCGUGUGA